AAGCCUCUCCAAUGGUGUCUAUAUAGAUAGAUAGAUAUGUAACCUAGCCUAAGUAACUAGACUAUAAUUAUUUUUCUCUCUCCACUCUCUGCAAUGGCGAGAUUAGAUCACACAAGUCUCGUCGGCUCCAUGGACGAAAUACGACAAAUAUUCAACAAGUUCGACAAGAACGGCGACGGAAAGAUCUCAUCUUCCGAGGUUAUAGAUAGCUUGGGCGAGCUCGGCACCAAAAUAUCAACCGAGGAGGUCCACUGUAUGAUGCAAGAGUUUGACAAGGAUGGAGAUGGCCACAUUGACCUUGACGAGUUCGUUGACUUCAUUCAGCGCGGAGGAACGGGUAGCGGCGCUGAGGGAACAACGCAGCCCGACGGGGAUAAGGAGCUCAAGGACGCUUUUGAUCUGUACGAUAUUGACAAUAAUGGGUUGAUUUCGGCAAGUGAAUUGCACAAAGUUAUGAGGAUGCUUGGGCUUAAGAGCACGUUGAGAGACUGUACCAAUAUGAUCCACCAGGUCGACCAAGAUGGCGACGGCAACGUCAAUUUCGAGGAGUUUAAGAAGAUGAUGACUAACGGGAUAGUGUAAGAUAAAACAACGGUUACUUGGUUUAGUUUGCAUGUGUUAAUGCGGCUAUAGUUAAUUUGGACCAUUUAUCGUGGUUUCUUUUUGUUAUUUCUGGGUGGGAAGGCAGCAGAAUAGUAUUGGGAUUAGGCGUAGGACUAGGGAAGAAGUCGACUUCCAUAGCUGUUGAUACUGUUUAGUCAAAUUAAUCUCGAAAUCUCAAGCUUUUUACCCUUAUUAUCACAAGGAGGGACAGAC